UCGGGUAACAAUUUAGUAAUUAUAAUCAUUAUAGAACAACAAUAAAACAAUUGAGCAAUUGUCGAAAUUACCAUUUUGAGUGCAUAUUCAUAAACGCUGGACGGUGAAUCAUCCGGUGCUAGAAAAAAUAUCUAAUAAUUUUUUAUCAGAGUAAAAUUAUACUUUGUGGAUCAAAUCGACAAAGAAUAUGCACGUUAUUGAAUUCAGAGGUUUGAGGAACUUGCCAUAUAGAUGCGAGUAUUGCGGUGAAGUGUUUACUACGAAAAAAGCUUUAGAAGAUCAUUUAUGGGCACGGCAUGGAAAAAAAAGUAACAACACCUAUUCAGAUGGAUUCUUUAAAUACAAAGAAUGUGGAAUAGUGUGCGAAGAACGCUUCACCAUCGAUCAACGCAUUACUUUAUCUGACCGCUCCUUUGAAGAAACUUUUGAAGUAUUUGCAAAAUUACAGGCAGAUGUCGAAAAAUCCAAAGGUUUAAGAUCAGAAAAUAAAACUCAAGAAAAAUGCUUCAAAGAUUCAAUCAAGAAUAAAAACGAAAUAAAAAGUGAGGGUCGACAAAAUAAACAGAAUAAUGCUGUAGAAGAAAUGCAAGAACUUGCAGAAAGUCUUCAGGAAUUCUUUUCUUCAAUUGCUGAUAAAAACCCUGAGAUCGGUAAAUCUUCCGAGUAAUUAGAAAUAUAUAAAUGCCGCUUCUGCAAGAAAAAUUCACCAAUCGAGAAACAUUUGAUAAGAAAUUACUUUCUUUGCAGAAAUAUUCAUAUAAAAUUUGGAAAAACAUUUUGUAAAUUCAAAAUUAUACAUGAUUCUCAGUGGCAUUUAAUCGAAUAAAAUCGUUUUUAUUUU